AUGGAUACAAGGAACCAAAGUAGGUUGGGAGUUAUACGGAGGGAAGAGGACGUUGCAGCCGCCGUGGAGGCCGCUGCCCCCCAGACGAUCCAAAACGGCCAACAAGGCAAAAGCGAGGUGAAGUCGAGGAUGACUCGGAAUUUAUUGGGUUGCUCGAACAGCGCGUCAGAAAGAGAGAUUUGCGAAAAAAUGUGUGCUGAUGAGAAUGGGCCUUUCGAGCCGGGGCUUUCUGGCGACGCACGUUUCUCAAUGCCCUUAAAAAAGAAGGGGGAUUUUCGUAACGAACCUGCAUUAGUGGCAAAAGAGGCAGGAUCGCCGGAGAUUUUUAUAAAUGGUGCCGAUACACGGCAACUGCCGCAAGAGGCGCGAAGGGGAGAAGUGCGACGUCCGCUGGAACAACCUGUAUUGCAGCCCGCAGAAAACGUGGCGGCCAACAACGGAUGCAAUGAUGCUUAUAGACACCAAAAUGGUUUCCAACGAUUGGACAAGGUCUCAGGAGAAUCUUCCAACAUGUGCAGUAAACCCACCGUAAAUGUUGUCUUAGAAGGUAAAGGGGGCUCCCGUAUUCUUGACACGCCUGUGGUUCAGACCUUGCCGGCUUUCUUCAAUUGUCUACCUGGUGCCAUGAGCAAAAACACCAUUCAAGAAUCGAAUGGCAACAACGGCUUCCACUCAGCCGCCGUCUUUCAGCAUGACUCGGAAGAUGCCGCAAGGCGUGUCGUUGUGACCGAUGGAAACAAAACUGCAACUCAAUCGGCGUAUUCGAUGGAGGUCUUGCAAGGUGAUUUACCAUAUUCUAUAAUUUGUGAACUACAGCACUUGAAACAUCGUAGGAAUUCAAGAACUCUUCCUGAAUCACUUGACCCUGCAAUCAACGCAAAGACACCCAGCCCAAUGCCAGUGACACUGGUUGGAGCAGGGAAUCACCACCGGCGGAAACACAUAAAAUUGGUGAGCUCUUACAUUCUUGGUCCUCUCCUUGGGGAAGGCGUGUUUGGUGUUGUUCGUGACGCCAUUGACACCUCCGCCAAUGGUGUCUUCCCUCCGCGUUUUCAGCGCGUUGCAAUUAAAAGUUACAAGUAUCGCCGACCUGCUGCGCCAGGACCUGAUCCAAUAUAUGACCCUGUGGCGAGUUUCCCUCCCGCUGUUUCUUUUUCAAAAAAUGUUACAUAUACGCCUAUUUCUGAUUUUAAAAACCAUCAUAGUUCAAAGAUCCAGCGAAUGUUAGAAAACGAAGUUUGUAACCUGCAGCGGUUUCAUUGUCCUAAUAUUAUUCGUGGUAUUGACAUUUUUAGACGGUAUGGGAAGGAUUAUGUCGUUCUUCCCAUCGCUAUUUGCAAUCUGGAUCAAUUGGUGAAGGAAACCGUACAAUAUGAAAUCCGCCAAAGACAACUUCAGUCGAACACCGGGGCAUCUUUUCUUUCUGGUCAAGGGAGCAUCUUGCCGGAUAAUAAAUCGGGCUCUGAGAUGAUAAUCGAUCUUUCGUGUGCAAGUUACAUAAGCGCGGGUGAAACUGAGAUGAACUUACUUAGCUCUACACAGGGUGACAGCGUGUUUCCCCUUUUUUCCGCCGAUUUUGUGAGAGGUGUCAUGUAUCAGCUGCUGCAUGGAGUUGCGUACCUGCACAAUCAAGGCCUUGCACAUAAUGACUUAAAGCUACAAAAUAUUCUUCUUUUUGCCAACGGAGAAUUGAAAAUCUCAGACCUUGGCAGCGUCCUGGAAGAGUAUAACGAUCAGGGGACCCCGAUGUAUAUUUCUCCAGAAGUCUGCAAAUAUUUUUACUGUGCUGAAGAUGUUGAAGAUGAAAAAAAUAUGGUUAAAGUUGACGCAUUCAAAAAUGACAUGUGGAGCUGUGGCGUGAUUCUUUACUAUCUUCUUGUGGGGAGGCCACUCUGGGAAUGUAAAAUGGAUGUCUGCAAUAGGUAUCAAUUGUUUCGUGAGAUUGCUUCGCAAACAUCUCCAAUUGAUUUGGAUUACGUCCCUGAACCAAGAGAAACAACAGAAACAACAACCAUGAUGAUGGAUGACUCGUUAGGGAAAGUCAACAACACGCCUGAUAGCAGUGCAACGGAGGAGAUUUCACCCUUGAGUCUGCGUCACUUGUUAAGGUGUUUGCUUGAUAUUAAUCCCGCCACACGCUUGUCGGCAAAAGAUGCCAUUGAGCAUCCGUCACUGCGUGCACUGCAGUUGGGGGGGAGUUUUGGCAAUGAUGCAAUAGGUAUGGCACAACGAGAAGUGGCUUUUCGUGUGUCGCAGUCACCCCAUCUUCAACUGUUUAUUAAAAGGGAUCGGGAGAAACACUUGCAGUUCGUGGCGGAGUGUUGCAGUACGCUGAACAUAGUGCUACCAAAGGAGAUAUUCCUUCCAGGUACUGGGGAGGGUGGUUGCGAGAAUGAGUGGGUUGAGGACACGGACAGUCCCUUGUUCCGAAGUGCCACCUCCUCCCUAACGAACGCGACUGUGGACAGGAGUAUCUUUCCCACAACGCGGGAUUACCACUACUAUGAGAACAAAUUAGGGAGGGCCGAGCAUGAUCUACGGUCUCUUCUUCAAAAUCAUGCAAAGGUGAACAUGUUGCGGAAUUAUAUGUUUGGCACAGUACUUGUGGAAUGCGGCUACCGAAACGCUGAAGAGGCGGAAGCAAAGCGUAUACUAGAUCUAAAGAAGAAUCAAAUGAAACUUGUAGCCGCCGAACAAAAAGAACUUUUGCAAGCAAAAUCCGCACGCGUUUUAGUUGGUACAAGCAACCAGAAGAACAUUGAGAGAAACCAAUGCUCUGGCUGCUUUUGUGGCCUCAUGUAA